AUGAUGGCGCUAGUUCCGCGAAUUGCGCGAAGCCCGCGGCGCGCAGCAGUCGCGUGCAUUUUCCUUCUCACCACAGCUCUCUUUUCCAGCGACCACUUCACGCAAACUUCCGCCGCCGCCGCCGCUGCCGCCAUUCCCCUUCCCGAGUCGCUCUCUUCUUACGCCAACGUGGCGUUGCUCGACCCACGCCUCGAGCUCUAUUGGACCGUCAACGACAGCGACGCGACCAUCCGAUUGGCGGUUCGAGCUAACACGGCGGGAUGGCUCGCUAUAGCCAUCUCCGAGAUAGGCUCCAUGGCGGGCUCAGACGCGCUUGUGGCGUGGGUGGCGGAGAAUGAGGGCCGUGUGUAUGCCACGGAUCGCUUCAUCUUCAACACCACCUUCACCGGAACCGCACUGGACGACCAACAAGACUGGCACGUGCUGGGCGGCAGUCAGACGACAAACCAAUCCACAGGCGACGCGUGGACCACCGUGCACGUGUGGCGCCUACUCGACACGGGCGACUGCAAUGACCGACCGAUCAUUUCCGGGAAGCUUCACAACAUAAUAUGGGCGAUGGGUCCCACGGAUGAAGUCGGCUAUCAUAACUCCACGCGAGGGGGAGGCACGCUGGUGCUCGCUCCUGCACCAGACCCCGCCAUUCUCGAACCCUCAGCACCGCCCUCAACCGCUUCGCCUUCUGCUGGGUCUAAUUCGGAUCGAGGGGUCGGGCGGUUAGGGGUGGAGCGGCGGCAAGUGGCAGGGGAGGUGGAUGUGCAGGCGGGGUUGCUUAAUUUCACUUUCACGGAUUACCCCGUCCCCACCGACCGUUCCUCCUAUCGCUGCAUGGUGAUAGACGUGCCGUUGGAGAGCAAAGAGCAUGCAGUGGAGUGGGGCCCAGUGAUCAACACCACCAACGUCGCCUCCCUGCACCACUCCUUCCUCUAUGGCUGCUCAUCCGAGGAGUACCCCAAUCUGCUGCCAUCGGGAAUGAUAUUUGACUGUGUAGGGAGGGCUCCUUGCAGCACCUUCGUGGCAGUGUGGGCGUGGGGAGGACGCCCCUUCACCCUCCCCCCCAACAUCGGCUACCCCAUUGGCCCCGGCUACUUCACCAAGUUCGUGCUGGAGAUGCACUACGUGAAUCCCGAGGGUCGCACUGACAUAAUCGACAGCUCAGGCUUAUACCUCAAGCUGGCGGCAUCGCGGGAUCUCCAGGACGCGUCCAUCAUGAAGGUCGGCCUGGUCGACCACACCAACCUCAUCCGCGUGCCGCCCGCCAUGCCCUCGUGGACCCUCGCUAAUUCCUGCCCGGGGGAGUGCACUGCUGCUGUGUUCAAGAACCAAAGCGUGAAGAUCGUGGGAUCGAUUCUACACGAACACAAUAUUGGACGCCAGGUGUACACGGAGGUGCUAAGGGGGGGAAGUGCGGUUGCAACAAUCAACCGCAUUGACUACUUUGACUAUGCAUCGCAGCAGACCAUGCCGGUACAACCUGAGUUUGAGCUGCUACCAGGAGACGAGAUCCGCACCACCUGUGUGUGGGACUCCACCUCCCGCUCCAAUGUAACGGUGGGAGGGCCAGCAGCUGAGAAUGAGAUGUGUGUGAACUACCUCGUAUACUACUCUGCAACACAGACCCAAGAGAUGCAUGCAUGCUACACGGUGUGUGGGGCGAUGGACAACGAUACACUCACCAUCGACCCAAGCCGCCUUGACCUCACCACACACUACGUGUGUGGUCCCGGGCACAGCCCCUACAUCCCGACCGGCAAAUCCUGUGUUAUCAGCUACGGUUGCAACGACAAUGUCACAGUGCUCUAUGGCUGCCCUGAUAAGACCAAGGUCUCUCUCUCAACCAUUCCAAUCGAUGACAUUUCAACACCGCUCCAACCCGGCAGCACUCUCUCCCCUUCUUCCCUUGCCAAUAAUGCUGCUUCCACUGCAAAUGCCAAUGAAGAUCUCUCCACCGCCAAUACCAAUGCUCUUGCUUCCGCCGUCAAUGCCACUGCUGUUGCUUCCCCCGCCAAGACCAGUGCCAAGGCUGCCCCAGCAGCAGCAGCUGGCAAUUCUCUCACAUUGAUGCUUAUGAUUUGCUCCUUAAUUGCCACAUUUGUUUUCUAA